GACCUCUGCCGCCAGCGUACCGCAAGAACAACAACAGAAACAACAAGAGCAAGAACAACUACUACUACUACUGUUAAUGCUGGACAACCAAAGGCGGUGAUGAAGCAUUUCGGUUCUGCUGCGGCUGCUAAGAGUUCGUCGAAUAUUGGGUUGCGUGUUGUGACCGCGGGUAAUGGAGAUUAUUUUCCCUAUGAUAGAGAUCCCACUGAAGAAGUUUAUUGGUGUAUGGGGAACAAUGAUGAGACAAAUCCUAAAAAAUAUUGUGCUUCGUGGCGACAAAUUAGUUUGACAGAGGAAGAUGCUGCGAAAGCGAAAAUAAUAAAACCAUCUCCCCCACAACCACAAGAACUUCAAGAUAACUUGCAAAGCAGAACUGAACCUGACCCUCUUUCUGCACCUGCUUCCGACCUCAACAUUGAACCUCACAGACCUUCUGAUAAGCCAGAGUUACAAGCAACGUUAAGUGGAUCAAGUACAACAAUGAGGUCCAGUGGGGAUACAGUUCAAAGUCACUCUUCAUCCUCUUCCACGUCUGACAGUGAUUCACGAAGCGACCCUAUGGUAACCAACAGUGUGACGACUAGUUCGACAGUUGUCAAUAAAGAAAAAAGUGGUCCUAAAACUAAAGAACACACAACUAAAGAUUCUUUAGUUGUCGCCGACAACGUCACCUCGGAUACUAAUACCGAAACAGCAAGCACUCCACCUAAUGUUAGUACUUCCCGUAACAAUCCAUCUCCUUCAGGUGUAACUGCCACAGACGGUUCACAGGAGAAUGGCAAUUCUGAUUCAACCACCACCGCCACCACCACCACCACAACAACUACUACUACAACACUUCCUCCUGCCACCGCAGUCUCAGAAGGGAAUGGCGAUGCUUCUGCAGCCACCACCACCAACACUAAUACUACCACAGAAGCACCAAUCACCACCACUCCAUCUCGUGUACCCAAUGCAGAGAUUAACACUAUUCCUCCCAAUAUGCAGAUGAAGGGUAAUACUGACAGCAGUGUUAGUCCUGUGUGGAUGCGCACUGCAGCACCGCUGUUGAUUGUGACUGUAUUGGUCUCCGCUACUGUGUACUGA